AUGGCGUCGGCGGCAGCCUUCGCCCUGGGGGCCGCGCCUCGCGCGCCCUCCACCGCCUCCCGAAGCCGCCGCCACAUCGCGCGCGCGCCCUCCGCGGCCGUCGCGUCCCCCGCCCCCGCCACCGCGGACGUCGACACCCGCACCGCCCGGGAGCUCGUCGCGUGGCUCACCGUCGAGAAGGGCCUUCCCGGUGGCGCGGCCAAGGCGGUCAGCUUCGGCGACGGCGGCGUCGCGAAGCUCGUCAACGACGUGCGCGCGGGCGAGCCCCUCAUCGAGAUCCCGCAGAACCUCGCCGUCACGUCCGUGGACGUCGCGGACUCCCCGAUCGUCGCCGGGCUCGCGGCGGGCAGGGGCGAGCUCGUGGGGCUGGCGCUGUGGCUGUGCCUCGAGCGGCACAAGGGGCCGCUGUCGGAGUGGGCGCCGUACGUGGCGACGCUGCCGUCCGCGGGUUCCGAUCACCCGCUCCUGUGGACCGCCGGCGAGCUCCAGACGCUUCUGCAGGGAUCGCCCGUGCGGGAGCAGGCGGUGUCGCGUCUCGAGUCCGCGGACGACGAGUACGCCUCCAUCGCGGACCAGAUCAGAUCCAACCCGAACGAUUUCCCACCCGACGCGUACGAGUUCCUCACCAGGGACGCCUUCGUCGACGCCCUCGCGACGGUGUUAGCGCGCGCGGUCUGGCUCAACGCCGCCAACUGCUACGCCAUGGUGCCCCUCGUCGAUCUCCUCCCGCUCGUGGGCUCGCCACCGCCCGGGGUCUCCCCGGCGGCGGCGGCGGGUGGUCCAGCUGUCGGCAAACCCGGUUUGGCGGCGGCGGCUGGCGUCGUCGAUUACGACGCCGCCACCGAGUGCGUCGCGGUGGUGAGCGCCAACGACGCGCAACAGACCGCGCGGGUCGUGUGCGUCGACCCGCUGGCGAGGAACGCGGGGGAUCUCUUCCUCGCCACGGGCGCGGUGGACGAAAGCCACUGCGGCGAUUACCUCGCCUUCGCCGCGUCGUGCACGCAGACGGAUCGACUGUACGAGGCCAAGCGGCAGAUUCUGGAGGGCAUGGGGAUGAGCGCGGACGGGCAGACGUUUCCGGUGUUCGCGGACAGGAUGCCGAUGCAGCUCCUGGCGUACAUGAGGUUCGCCCGGGUCCAAGAUCCCGGGGAGCUCAUGAGCGUCAGCUUCGAGGAGGAUCGGAUCGUCUCGCCGAUGAACGAGUACGAGGUGCUUCAGCUGCUGAUGCAGGACGCGCGGGAGAUGCUGGCGGAGUACGAAUCGUCCAGCGAGGAGUUCGAGCUCCUGCAGCUCAAGGAGAAGGGGCUGAGCGCGAGGCAGCGAGUGGCGGCGAAGCUCAGGCUCGCGGAGAAGAGGCUCAUCAACGCCACCACCACGGCUGUGCGCCGAAGGCUGGCGCCCAUCCGAGGCAUCCCGACGAAGCAGGGGUUGGAGGAUCCCAACGCGGACCUGCUGGAGAUCUUCGACGCGAUCGAGAACCUGCCGAACAAGCCGAAGCAGAUGUUCGACGAGUUCAGGAAGUGGGCGAGGGGGGACUACGAGGACCAGAUCCGCAGCGGGGGCGGCAAGGGUGGAAGCGGCUGCGGCUAGCGUGCAGGAGGGGCAGCCGUUGUAGCGUGCAAGCAAGUGAAAUUCUUCGUC